AUGACGCCCAAGCCACCCACGUCCCCCACCUCCCAUGACCCACGCCAAAAAAUACUCGUCUUGGGGUGGAGAAAAGCAGGCAAGACUUCCUGCAUCAAGACUGUCUUUCAGCAAGUCCCAGCCCAGGAGGUGCCUCAUUUUGGUGUGACUCAAAAGAUAGAGCAGAUUGACUACAACUCCAUCAUCCCAUUGCAGAUAUGGGACACUCCCUCAAACUUUGAGAUUGAUCAGCUCGAGGUCCCCUUGAGCUCAUUCUCCACUAUCGUCUACGUGCUGGAUAUGCAACAAGACGACUCUUACCACGACUCCAUCCGCAAAUUCGUUCACAUCAUGGUCCGCGCCUACCUCUCUAACCCCGCUAUCCGCUUCCACAUGUUCAUCCACAAAGCCGAGAUGCUCUCUGAAGACUAUCGCGGCGAAAACUAUGCCGAGAUCCAGCGUACGACGGCGGAGGAGAUUGAAGAUUUCCGGUAUGGCGAUUUUCAGAGCCUGGCGCCGGGUAUGACAAGUGCGCAUGAUGUGAGUUUGAGGGCGGCUUGGAGCAAGGUCAUACAGGGGAGUAUGGAGAUGUUGCCGGCAGUCGAGUCUUUGUUGCUCGACUUUACUUCUCAUUCGAGUACCGACAAUACCUUCUUGUUCGACAUGAAGUCCCGCGUCAUCCUUGCCACGGACAACAGACACCGCACCGACGAGCUCACAGAGCAAGUCACAGAAUACCUCGCGUCAUUCCUCCAAUUUCAAUCUCUCUACAAAGCUAUCGCCCAACGGCCUGUAGAGGAUAAUGAAGAUGGAGAAGAUGGAGAGGAUGAGGAUGGCGAGGGCGAGGAAGAUGGAGGAGACGACGAGGAAGAGGAGGAGGAGGAGGAAGGGAGGGAAUGGUGGGAUGAUGAGGAUCCUGAUGCGCCUUGGAUGACCCAAUCCACGCGCUUACUGCCGAGCACUACACUGGCCAUGUGGCAGUUUACCCCGUAUCUUGCAUUGGUAGUCUUGCUACGGACAGACACUUGGCAAGUCCGCCGAGGGACCAUCGAGUACAACCUCACGUUCUUACGGCAAGGUGUUCGCGAGAUUCUGACUGUGGUCUGA